CCCAAUUUCAAGCCCGUCAUUCAUCUCUUUUCCCCUGCUCGCUGCCUCCUUCAGCUUACCCUUCUCGGCUUUCCAGGGCGAUCGGUUCGGUCCAUUAAAAUCCGCCGCUCUGUGCGGCGACCGCUAUUCAUAAUUCCCUCUACCGCGCUGUUUGACAUGUCUCUUGCGUAGAGAUAUGCCAAUAUAUCAGAUCACUCUCCAUGACGCACUCGGUGGCCUCGAUCACACAGCUCUCACGGAACGUACUGUUCCGAAUUCUCAACUUCUUAGAUCCCUGUGGCACAAAUGGUCACGUGUAUAUUUGAGAGGGGUAUUGCGAGUCCGGCAUCGUUCGACCCAGAGGUAUCCCGGUUCCGAUGCACGAGUCAUUAUUCAGAACCACAUUCAUGUUGUUCAGGGUCUUUGUUCAGGGUCUUUGUUGGCCCAUGUUGGUUGGCUCCAUAGUCGGCGUGCUGUUUGGAUUUGUCCUUUUGUGCCCAGGACGAUGAGUUGGACCUGCAUCUGACAGUACGAGUGAUUGAGGAAGGAGACCCAUGGACGAGACUGUGUUGUACAGAUAUAGUAUAUUGGACGUACGCAAAUUAGGUUCCAGGCAUCAUCGUCCAGUGCAUGGGUUCGCUGGACACCUCAUCGAAGCUAUUCGCAGUAGUGAAGCCCAAUGCCU